GCUGACAUGCGCAUUUCUACUUGAGGAGCUCAUUUUCAGAGCUGAAGAAUUUGUUGAAGAAGAGGAGGAAAUUAGUUUGGCACUCUUUGCUCCUGAUGGUUGCACCAUGUCGAGACGCAAGCAAGCCAAACCGCAGCACAUAAACUCAGACGAGCCCGGCUCCGCGCAGAAUGACAUCGCAGACCACGAGGAGCCUGGGAAUGAGGUGAAGCGGUUCCGUUUGGAUGAGACCCGUGUGUGUAACGGCUGCUGCGCUGAGUUCUUCGAUGAGGCAGAGUUCUUGGAGCAUGAGAAGAGUUGCACUAAAAAUCAGCAGGUUUUGAUAAUGAAAGAAGGAGACGGCUCUGUGCCCGAGGAGUUCUCCCAGGGCUCUCCUGAUGUGAGUGACCCAGAGGACGGACAGUCAAGCAGCCCUUCUCUCACCGUUGCUCCUGAAGCUCCAGCGGAGGAGGAGGGCUCUCCGGAGGAUGUAGCCCACACAGAGCUCUCUGACCCGGGCUUCUCCUCCCCCUCUGCUCAGGACUCUAAUGUGACUCUGGAAGCUCUGGCUGACACUAAAGUGGCUGUGUCCCAGCAUGUGCCCAACAGCUCUAGCUCUGCUCAGGAGACGGCACAGGUCCUCCCUCUGCUCCUGGAGCAGCUCAUAGUCCUACAGCAGCAGCAGCUGCAGCAGAUCCAGCUCACAGAGCAGAUCCGGAUCCAGAUCGCCAUGAUGACGCCCCACGGCCUGGCGCCCGGAGCCAUGGAUCCCCUCAAAGCUCUGGGAGCGCACCUGUCUCAGCAGCUCUCGGCAGCGGCCGCUCUCAUCGGGAAGAGGACAGGCAGCCAGGCCCUUCCUGUGGAGACCAAACCAGGAAAACUACCUCUGUCCAACAGCGCUUCGACCUCAGCUCUGGGGAAGCUGGAUGUUUUAAAGGGCAUUCCAGACCUGGCCAGUCGCAUACCAGCACUACUGCCCCAGUCUCCAGUCAUUGGCUUCCCAAGUACCUUCAAUGGAUCAGAUGCAUCAAAAAAGGCAAAAGCUAAACUGCUAAGUCUGCCCACAGAAACUAAGCCCAGUGACUCCAUGUACAAGCACAAGUGUAAAUACUGCGGCAAAACCUUUGGCAAUGACAGUGCUCUGCAGAUCCACCUGCGCUCCCACACCGGAGAGCGCCCCUUUAAGUGUAACAUCUGUGGGAAUCGCUUCACCACCAAAGGAAACCUCAAAGUGCAUUUCCAGAGACACAAGGACAAAUACCCCAAUAUCGCUAUGAACCCUCACCCUGUGCCCGAGCACCUGGACAAUGUGCCCACCAGUAGCGGCAUCCCCUUUGGCAUGUCUGUGCCCCUUGAUGAGUCCAACCUGACCGACCUCAAACUGCCCACUGGUCUACCCCCCUCUCUUCCCUCCGGUCUGCCCGCCUUCAUCGGCUCCGAGAGCUUCUCACAGAGGCCGUCCUCAUCCACCAGCGAAGGAUCCACAUCUGUGUUCCCAGAGUCAGGAUUGGACCAGGUGCAGAAGGACACCAAAGACCUGCUGGGGGCGCUGCACACGAUGAACGGCUCUGCGUCUUCAGGAGAGAGCUCCGGAACAGCCAAAUUGCAGCAGAUGGUGGAUGGGCUGGAGAAGAGGACCAAUGACCCCAAUGAGUGUUUAAUCUGCCACAGGGUCCUGAGUUGUCAGAGCUCUCUAAAAAUGCAUUACCGCACACACACAGGAGAGAGACCGCACAAGUGCAAGAUAUGUGGCCGGGCCUUCUCCACAAAGGGCAACCUGAAGGCUCACUACGGGGUCCACCGCGCCAACACACCACUCAAAAUGCAGCACUCCUGUCCCAUUUGCCAGAAGAAGUUCACCAAUGCCGUGGUCCUACAACAGCACAUCCGCAUGCACAUGGGCGGACAGAUCCCCAACACACCAGUGACGGAAAACCAGUUUGAACCGGCCGAAGCCAUGGACUCUCCUCUCCCAGAUGAGAAGUCCCUGGACACGAGCGGAUUUGAGGCCACAAUGGAGGACCAAGAGGCCGAGCUCAGCAACGACAAGUCCAACGAACCAUCCGCACCAGUUACACCCGCUCCAGAAGAAAACCCAACCAUUCCCAGUGCUUUCUCGAGCCUCGACGUGCUCAAGAAUCUCACAUCCGCGCUAGCUCUGAAACGUCAAACGAGCACGCCAUCUGAAAGUGAAGCCUCAAGGGAAUCUCCAUCUGCUCCCAGAGAGACGGAGUAUCAAAAUGGUCGCAGCCCGGCAAUUUCGGACUCCGCCAUGUCGUCCUCCUCUCCGGUAAAUCCCAGUAUGAUGAACACAAAGUCCCCCAGCUCGGAGGAGUUUGGAUCCAGGGCUGAUUCUGAUAGCGGCGCCCAAGAUGGAACAGAGUCAAGUGGAGCUCUUGACCUCACUUCCUCCGGUAGUUUCACCCCCAAAUCGAUCAAAGAGGAGCCCACGACCCCUUUCACAAACGGAGACUAUGGUCAAAGCAGUCUGCCGUUCAUGAGGAUACCGCCCAGUCUGGCCAGUCUGGAGAUGAAGCUGCCCCCUGAAAACCCUCUGGGAGCUCACGGCCUGUUCAGCUCCCACAUGCCCCAAGGCACCGCCAUGGCCUCCUCUGUGUCCGCCCCCCCAAGACGACAGAGCAAACAGCACCUGUGUAACGUCUGCGGCAAAAACUUCUCCUCGGCCAGCGCUCUGCAGAUCCACGAGAGGACGCACACGGGAGAGAAGCCAUUCGCCUGUCAUAUCUGCGGGAGGGCGUUCACCACCAAGGGCAACCUCAAGGUUCAUAUCGGAACGCACAUGUGGAACAACAAUUCUCGCCGUGGCCAGCGCCUGUCUCUGGAUAACCCCAUGGCCCUGAUGGCGAUGACGACUGACCCCAAAAUGCUCCCUACGUCCAAAGACCUGCCGAACCCCCCUCCUCCCCCACCCCACCUGAACUUUGACCCCUCCCUAUGGAACCAGUACGCCGCAGCCUUUAGCGGGGGCUUAACCAUGAAAGCCAACGAGAUUUCCGUCAUCCAGGGAGGGGCGAUUCCGAUUCCAGGUAGCCCAGCGGGAGGGCCUCUGAUCGGGUCGACGGGUGGCAUGGGUGACUUGGAGAAAAACAGUUCUGACGGAGUGCCGAAACCCCAAUUCCCACAUUUCAUGGAGGAGGGAAAAAUGGCAGUGAACUAAAGCGCAAAUGAUGUCUGGAUUAGUUGAGAUGACAUGUUUGAUUUUGAGUUGUUUUGAGAAGUUUUAGAAGCUUUUAUACUGCUCAAAAAUGAUCAAACUAAUUUCUCAAAACUCUCCAAAAAAAAAAAUCUGAGUUUUUGUGUAUAUGUUACAAUUAGACAAGCAAAUGUUUACUGAAAUGCCAAGAAAUAUAUUGAAGCUUCUCCGAUCAAGUCAAUGGAUUUGAUAAGCAAAUGCAUUCAAAUGGGUCUCAACUACCCAUUCAUAUUGCGUAAGAGCAGGUCAUUUUAACUAAUGGAAUGUCUCUAUAUCAAAUGUGGUACAAUCGCAUAGAAAUUGUUGUAUAUUUUUGCUCCGUUUUGGUUUUAAAACUUUUCACGAUUAAAAUAAAAACUGCCCUCGCUGAUCUUGAAAACUCUAUCAAGCGUUUUAGUUUAACUUGAGAUUACUACUGUAGUUAUUAUUUCGAAUACAUUGAAUACUGACACAUGCGGGUAUUUUUUUUGUCUAUAGAAGUUUGAAUGUAGAACCUACUUGAAACUGAACUGCAUAUCGUCUCCCUGGUACUUUGAAGGAUUGUAACUCUAACUAUUUCAGGGCCAGGCUUUUAAACGGACAUAUUUAAUUUCCAUGUUCAAAGUUAAAUGUAGUUAACCAUGUUGUGUUGCUAUGUGACUACUUGUAUUGCGUGACACGGAUUUUACAACCUUUUCCUCGUUAAAAUUUCAUAUGGAGUUUAUUCAAAUCCCUUUUAGCAUCUCUGCCUUAUUUGCGUCACUCAAGUUGAUAUCAUAAAAUCCUGUGUGUUGGGUUAGUGACUAUAGGCUGCAGUAGUUGGCUCAUUUUCAAGUGCCUAUCUAGUCAAUGUUUUUUCCAAUACUGUAACCACAAUCGCAGCUAUGUUUAAUUUAUUAUCGCUUUAUAUUUUCCAUAUGUUUUUAUUUUUUAUACAUCGUAAAUGUUGUCGUUGAUGUUAGAAUUCGAAGAGGUGUUUUCUCAGGAGGCUUGUGGUUCUUCUUAAUGCCUGCACUUUAUAUCAGGUUUUAGUUACAAUACACUACAUUUUUACAUAUACAUAUUGUUUUGAAAUCUCUUCAGUUAUAUCAGGACUUUUUAUUUUCAAUGUUUCCUCUUUUGUAGCGUUAAUUUAUUUAUAAUACACAUUGCUUGAGCAUAGGGGCUAGUUCUACCUCAUUUCUAUAGUCUGCCCCCUUUCUCUCUGCGCUGUGUUUUGCAUAUUCUGAUAAAGUUUUUUUGGUUAAAGCGAUGGAUUAUCAACCUCUACCUGCUGAGUUGAACACAUUGAUUGUAACACAGGACACUUUACUCAGUGGUUAAAACGUGUAGGACUUUCUAUACAUUCCUGAACAAUAUUAUGCAUUUACCAUGUUGUGCCUUUUUUAGCAAACCAUGUCAAAACUGCUUUCAAGUCGUCUCUACAAUUCAAGAAAUGUUUCGCCAAGUUCGGCCUGUUUACAGUGUACAUUUUAUGUUUUGUUUUUUUUCCCGAAUGUUUUCUUCAUGUAAAUGUUUCUGAUUUUGAGAAUUAAAAUCAGCAUGACUUUU